AAUGGAUAAUAUUCCCCGUAGGGAAAUCCAUAAACAGCACUACGGUUUUGGUAUUGUUCAUCUUUUACGGGAGGAAGGAAGGAGAGCAAUCUAUAAAUCAGGCUUUAGAAUCGCCCUGGGAAUUUUUAAAGAAAAUAGUUUGGCAACACUGAAUCUGGUGAUCUUUGAUUUCUAUUAGAAAUUUUUUAGGGAGUUUUCUGUCAAAUAAAUAAAUAGUUAUUUGAAUACAAAAUUUAUUCUUUUACACCUGUUUGUUUGAAUAUUGAAUUAAGAUUAAUAUUCACAUCAUACAAUAUCAUGCAUAAUUAUGUCGUUCUAUGGCGUAAUCAUCGACAAAGUACAAAUUUAGACUGUUGAUUUUGAGGUUAAGUGUUCUUGUAUUAUUAAAGUAGUAAAGUUUUCAAACACAAUGGAGGAAAUAGUUGUUAAAAAAGAACCUGAAGAACUAGUAGAAGAUUCUAAAGGUGAUAUUUUGAUGAAUAAACCAAGACCAACCUCUGCUGACCAAGAAAUGCCUUCAACAUCUGCAAUAAAACAAGAAAUCAAAGAAGAAUUGGAUGAUAACUACAACUUUAUGAAUGACAAUAGAAUGGGGGUGGAAAAAGAACUAAAAACCACAGAUGAAGAAGAUUUUUAUGGAGCCAAGCAAGUUAAACUGAAAUUUGAAGACGAAGGAUCUGAAGAAAGUUACUAUGAUUAUCCUGAUCAUGUAGAUGAAAGUGAAUAUUUAACAUGCAAUAUAAAAAAAGAAGAAAGAGACAGAGACUUUUCUGAAGAAGAUGAUGAGAAUGAAGCCAUACUUGAGACAAAAAUUGAAGAGAAAUAUCAUGGAGUUCAAUUUGAUGAUGAAUCAAGGACCAACAGGGAAGUUGCAAAUAAAAAAAUACUGGCGAAAAGAGACGAAUUUGGGAAAUUUAAGUGUAACAAGUGUAAUUAUGUAACAGUAAAAAAAAAUCAUUUUAAAACACAUUUAAAUAUACACGACAGAAGAAAAUAUUUAAAAUGCCAUUUUUGUGAGUACACAGCAUUGCAAGCACAGACUUUAAAUGCACACCUUAUAAGCAAACAUAAGUCGGAAAAUAAAGGUGAAAAUGAAAUAAAAAUAACAAGUAAAAUACAUCAGUGCACCAAAUGUUCAUACUUAACUGUUAUAAAAUCACACUAUGAUAGACAUGUACAAGUUUGUUUGAAAUUGAAAAAUGACAAAUGCUAUAAAUGUAAUAUUUGCCACUACAGAACUGUUCAAAAAGGUCAUUUAACAACACAUAUAAAAAUCCAUAACCAAAUAAAAGAAUUGAAAUGUUUAUUUUGUGAAUAUCAAAGCAAUAGAAAAUCCAGUGUGGACAACCACAUUCUAUUUAAACAUUCCGAUUUAUUGAAUGAAAACAAUAAAAAUUUAAUCACUUCCAAAGUACACGCUUGUCAACACUGUAAUUUCAAAACGACACAUGCAAGUGAUUUAAAAAGACAUGUAAAGAGAAAACAUUGAUAUUAAUUUUAAGAAUAAUUGUUAAUAAAUUGUUAAUUUUUACCAUUGUUAUUUUUUGUAUAAAACAAAACAAUAACAAAAUGCUUAUAAAAACAAAAAGUAAGUAGAAUUUUUUACUAAGUUUUUAUAUAUACAUUUAUAUGUUUUAUUUAUAUAUUUUUUUGUAUGUGCAAUAUUGAAAUAAAGUUAUUAUUAUUAUUUAUAAAUAUAUUAUUAUUAAUUUAGUUUAGAUUAAUUUUGUUCAUUUAUACACUGAGAAAAGUAAACUCUUAGUCCAGGAAACAAAGGUUGUAAAAGGAAAACUCGAUGGUAGUCGGGUUUUAUUUUUUUUAUGUAGAGUAAGGGGUGCUGAUAAUGAAUCAAGAAUAUUCAACAAAAAUAUUCAACAAAAAAGUGAUUUUGAAAGCAACGCUCAACUUUGAACACUGCGCAUAGCAAAAGGGCACAUCAUAUAGGUGCGCAAUGGGGUUUAACGUGUGCCUUAUUUAGUACAUAAUCAAAAUUAUUAGAGGUCAAAUUCUGAAAAAAUGCACGGUUAGAGAUGAGCCAAAAAGCAAAAAAACUUCCCUUUCGGGGGAUGAAAUUAGGGGACGCGGAGAGAAAUUUUUGGGGAAUAUUCUUGAUUCAUUAUCGGC